CCCUGCCCCGUCGCCCGCCUCCCCGCUAUACAUACCCCCCACCCCACCACCCCAACCCUACCGCUCACCCCCGCCUCCUCCACCGUCUCCGCCCUCCGUCGCGCCACCGGACCGCCACCGCCGCUCCCCGUCCCCCCCUUCCCGGUAGAAAUGGCCGACGCCGAGGACAUCCAGCCCCUCGUCUGCGACAAUGGUACCGGUAUGGUCAAGGCUGGGUUCGCUGGAGAUGAUGCUCCCAGGGCCGUCUUCCCCAGCAUCGUGGGCCGCCCACGCCACACCGGUGUCAUGGUCGGGAUGGGGCAGAAGGACGCCUACGUUGGUGACGAGGCGCAGUCCAAGAGGGGUAUCUUGACUCUCAAGUACCCCAUCGAGCACGGUAUCGUCAGCAACUGGGACGACAUGGAGAAGAUCUGGCAUCACACCUUCUACAACGAGCUCCGUGUCGCCCCAGAGGAGCACCCUGUCCUUCUCACUGAGGCGCCGCUCAACCCCAAGGCCAAUCGUGAGAAGAUGACACAGAUCAUGUUCGAGACCUUCAACACUCCUGCUAUGUACGUCGCCAUCCAGGCCGUCCUCUCGCUGUACGCCAGUGGUCGUACCACAGGUAUCGUGCUGGACUCUGGAGAUGGUGUCAGCCACACUGUCCCCAUCUACGAAGGAUAUGCUCUCCCCCAUGCUAUCCUUCGUCUCGACUUGGCUGGGCGUGAUCUCACCGAUCACCUCAUGAAGAUCCUGACUGAGCGUGGUUACUCAUUCACCACCACUGCUGAGCGGGAAAUUGUGAGGGACGUGAAGGAGAAGCUGUCCUACAUUGCCCUGGACUACGACCAGGAAAUGGAGACUUCCAAGACCAGCUCUUCUGUGGAGAAGAGCUAUGAGCUGCCUGAUGGGCAGGUUAUCACCAUUGGUUCUGAGCGUUUCCGUUGUCCUGAGGUUCUCUUCCAGCCAUCCUUCAUUGGGAUGGAAGCUGCAGGUAUUCAUGAGACUACCUACAACUCCAUCAUGAAGUGCGACGUGGAUAUUAGGAAGGAUCUGUACGGCAACAUUGUUCUUAGUGGUGGUACCACUAUGUUCACUGGAAUCGCUGAUAGGAUGAGCAAGGAGAUCACUGCCUUGGCUCCUAGCAGCAUGAAGAUCAAGGUUGUUGCUCCUCCUGAAAGGAAGUACAGUGUCUGGAUCGGAGGAUCCAUCUUGGCAUCUCUCAGCACCUUCCAGCAGAUGUGGAUUGCAAAGGCUGAGUACGACGAGUCUGGCCCAUCCAUUGUGCACAGGAAAUGCUUCUAAUUCUUCGGACCCAAGAAAGAAAGCCAAGAGGGCCUUUAUCGCGACCCUCCUGCUUCGUCUCUCUAUUUUGUUGCUGUUUCUUUGUUAGCGUGGACAAAGUUUUCGGCUGGCCUAUCGGUUACCGUUUUCUCCUAUUCAAAGACUGUAAUAUCUAUUCCUACUUGUGCUUCUCACUUGUGAUUUUGGACACAUAUGUUCGGUUUAUUCAAUCAAAUUUAAUCAGAUGCCUGGUGAGUCUACUAGAGAAAUACGGAUGGUGUUCUGAUUUUGUCAUGUGUCACCUCAAUCUUGUUAAAUGAAUAAUAUGAAGUCUCUUGAUCCUA